UUCCAUGAGGUCUGGCAGUGCAGCAAUGCUCUCCUUGGUUCCCAGUCUCUUUUAUGCAUCCCACUGUUAGACAAUAGAAGGACGCCUGGCAGAUGAAGGGGAGUGCGGGUGGAUAUCUUCUCAAGGAGGAAAUAAUAAAAAUUCCUCCUGUCUCCCUCUUCCAAGGCAGGUGCCACUUCAGAACAGGAUUUCUCAUUCCCAAACUGGCUGGAUGGAGGAGGAGGCUGUGAGGAAGAUUCCCCGGGACAUGCAGGCAGACAAGGAGGUGAGGAUGGAGACCAGGGAGGACAAAUCCCCUCAAGAGAAUCUCAAGGAAGAGGCAGAUUUGAGCAGCUCCACAAGGCAGGAAUUCAACAGGGAGGAAAAGCACCAGAGAUCCCACAGGAGGAGGGGCUCCAAACCCAGCCCAGGUUGCUCUGAGGUGAAAGGCUGCACCCUGAGCCAGGAAGGUGGACACAGCUUCAUCCAGGGAUCGGAGCUGGUGGCCUAUGAGCAGCUUCAUGAUGGGGAGAAGCCCUACAAGUGCUUGGAGUGUGGGAAGAGCUUCAGGCAGAGCUCCCACUUGAUCCACCACCAGAUGAUCCACACUGGGGAAUUGCCCUACGAGUGUGGGGAAUGUGGGAAGGGCUUCAGGUGCAGCUCAAACCUCAUUACCCACCAACGCAUCCACACUGGGGAGAGGCCCUACGAGUGUCCCCAGUGUGGGAAGAGCUUCACCCAGAGCUCUGACUUGACCAGACACCUACGGAAGCACCAGUAAGGGAAGCCCUGCAAAUGUCCCUGCAGGGAGAGCUUUGUGCCUGGCUCCAGCUUCAUACCGAAUUGGAGGACCCACGUUGGGAAGAGACCUGUGAUGCAUGUUCCCUGUGAUCCAUGCUGGGAAGACACCUGUCCAUUUUCCUGCCCCUGCCAGUGACAUGAUGGGAGACUGAAGAUCAUGAGGGUCUGGCCAGGGCUGUAUCAUUACAUUCACUCCCACCGCAGGUCAUUGCCAGGGGCAGGAAAGGGACUUUCUCUCUUCCCAAGGAAAAGGGUGUCCUUUCCAAGGAGAGGGAAAUAUGUUGCUGGGAAAAGCCAGUCAGUUGUGUUGUAGUUUUCCCUGUAAAUUGUUUGUCUUAUCCCUUGUCUUAUCAAUAUUGUUUCUGUUCCUGUUUGUUCUUUAUCUCGUUGCUGUUCCCAGUAAAUUGUUCUUAUCCCAGCCCGGGAUCUUUGCCUUUUGUGCUUUCCAUGGAAGGUGGGAGGCCA